CCAGUCAGUGUAAAGUUUACAAAUGCAACUUAUGGCUGUGCCUUCACAAGAGAUAGGAAGAAUGAGAACUGGGAAUUCACUAACAAGGGCCUGAAGGCAAAAACAUCGGGCAUUUUUUCAAAAAGAGAACAAGCUGUUUGUCCAAAGGUGAGUCCCUCCGAGCCUCACGCGGCUGAAGCCACCAGCCGGUAGUGAUUACUCAGCCACACCCAGGAUCCUGCCACCUACCCCGGUUUCUGGCUCCACCUGCGUCACUACUGAGAUGACUUACUGGCCACAGUGAACGCAUUUGAUAAAGGUGGCUAACUGGGGCUCAGGCGUUAUCUCUCCAUUGAGAAAGCCAGCCGCUCGGAACCAUGCACCGGGAGCCCUGAUUUGGAACACCAGAAAACCUUAAAAAGACUUGUUCCACUAGAAGCAAGAUGGCUGAACUCAAUACUCACGUGAAUGUCAAAGAAAAGAUUUAUGCAGUUCGAUCAGUUGUUCCCAACAAAAGCAAUAAUGAAAUUGUCCUGGUGCUACAACAAUUUGAUUUUAAUGUGGAUAAAGCAGUUCAAGCCUUUGUGGAUGGCAGUGCAAUUCAAGUUCUAAAAGAAUGGAAUAUGACAGGAAAAAAGAAGAACAAUAAAAGAAAAAGAAGCAAGUCCAAGCAGCAUCAAGGCAACAAAGAUGCUAAAGACAAGGCAGAGAGGCCAGACGCAGUGCCCCUGCAGCCACAGCUACCACAUAUCCAAAAUGGCCACGUCAAUGGCUAUGAGAAGGACAGCUCGUCCACUGAUUCUGCCAAUGAAAAACCAGUUCUUGACCCUCGUGAGAAAAAGAUCUCAAUACUCGAGGAACCUGCAAAGGCAAUUCGUGGAGCCCCAGAAGGCAACAGACUACUGCAACAGAAACUAUCCUUAGAUGGGAACCCCAAACCUAUCCAUGGAUCAGCAGAGAGGUCAGACUGCCUGCAGUGGUCAGCUGAGCAGCCUUGUAACCCAAGCAAGCCUAAGGCAAAACCAUCUCCUGUUAAGCCCAAUGCCCCUGCAGCUCAUCUUGAAAUAAAGCCAGAUGAGUUGGCAAAGAAAAGAGGCCCAAAUAUUGAGAAAUCAGUGAAGGAUUUGCAACGCUGCACUGUUUCUCUAACUAGAUAUCGCGUCAUGGUCAAAGAAGAAGUGGAUAGUUCAGUGAAGAAGAUCAAAGCUGCCUUUGCUGAAUUACACAAUUGCAUCAUUGACAAAGAAGUUUCAUUAAUGGCAGAAAUGGACAAAGUUAAAGAAGAAGCCAUGGAAAUUCUGACUGCUCGUCAGAAGAAAGCCGAAGAACUAAAGAAACUUACUGAUCUAGCCAGUCAGAUGGCAGAGAUGCAGCUGGCCGAACUCAGGGCAGAAAUUAAGCACUUUGUCAGUGAGCGCAAAUAUGAUGAAGAGCUCGGGAAAGCUGCCCGAUUCUCCUGUGACAUUGAACAGCUAAAGGCCCAAAUCAUGCUCUGCGGAGAAAUUUCACAUCCAAAGAACAAUUAUUCCUCAAGAACUCCCUGCAGCAACCUGCUGCCUCUGCUCAACGCUCACGCAGGAGCCUCGGGGAAGCAGAGUAACUUUACCCGGAAACCGUCUAAUCACAACAAGCCCUCCGAAGGCAAAGCAGGAAACCCAAAAAUGGCAAGCCAUCCUCCUAGCACCACCGAUUCCUCUCACCAAGCUGUGCCGGCUAGCAAGCAGAAUGGGUCUUCUAGCCAAAGACGAAGAUUUAAUCCACAGUAUCACAAUAGGCCAAAUGGGUCCGCCAAGUCACAGGGCACUGGCAAUGAAGCUGACCUGAUCGUGAAGGGCAACAACCGCCACGAACACAGGAGACAGCCGCACAAUGGCUUCCGGCCCAAAAGCAAAGGCGGUGCCAGAAAUCAAGAGGCCUCCUUGGGGACCAAGACCCCCGAGGCCCUGGCCCAUUCAGAAAAGCCCCGGCGGAGGCAGCACCCUGCAGACAACGUGGAGGCCAGGCCUUUCCGGGGCAAUGUCGCCAGGGUUUCACAGUGCAAUCUGUGCCCCACGAGAAUAGAAGUAUCAGCAGAUGCCGCGGUUCUCUCAGUCCCAGCUGUGACAUUGGUGGCCUGAGCUAGGAGAGAAAAGAAAGCAGUUUCCACUCAGUUUUGGUUCCCUGCCUGAGGUGCUGACCCAAUUCGCUGCCAAAAGAGAGUCAAUCAGAAUAUACAAACCCUGUAUGGUUGUGUCAUCCUCUCUUAAUCAUUUUUACUAAUUCUAAUAAUCAGCUCUAGCUUGCUUCAUAACUUUCAUGGCUUUGCUUGAUCUGUUGAUGCUUUUUCUCAUCAAGACAUAGCAGCAUUUUAGCAAGGCAGUAUUUACUCAUUUGUUAGGAAAAUCAAGAUGUGGCUGAAGAUCAGAGGCUCAGUAGCAACUUAUGUUGUAGCAGUGAUGUCAGUCCAUUGAUCGUCUCUAGAGAGUUAUUGUUGCCAAAAAAAAAAAAAAAAAAACUUUUAAUGACCAGACAAACAUGAUCUGCUGAA